AUGGCCAUGCACUCGCGAGCCGAAGGAAAACAUAUCUUGGUCGUGAGGAUAGGAGGAGCAACGAGGCACAAACUUUAUCAUGCUGUCAAGAACCUUGGGGUACGUUUGUCUUGUGCCAACCCCGUCAUCUCGAAAGGUUUCAACGACGUGAUAGACAACUGGGUGACCUACUCUUCCGAAGAUAGCCUCACGGCAGUAGAGAAGGAGCUGCUCCAGAAGUUCUCGGAGUUGAACUUGAGGUUCGAUGCUGUCGUCACCUUCGAUGAGUUCGGCGUGCAGCUGGCGAGCAUGCUCGCUGCUUCCCUGAGCCUUCCAGGGAUUCCAUUGAAGGUUGUGCAGUGCUGUCAGAACAAAUCCAGCUUCCGUCAGUUCUGCAAGUCUAGGGAACUACCCUGUGUAAAUUUUGCAUCGCUGAGCUGUUCGGAGGGUGUAGAUUCGUUGGACGUGCAAUACCCUGUGGUGAUCAAGCCAAGGAAUGGAGCUGGGAGUCACUUCGUGCAGCGAGCGGAAAGUAAAGUGCAGCUCCGGAGUGCGAUGCUGGGAAUUCUUCACACACUCAAGACCAGGAGGCUGACGUCAUACGAAUGGUGCGACUACAGUAGUCUGGAGGACAUCAAGUUUCAUGUCGAAGAGCUGGUGGAAGGGAAGGAGGUGGAUAUCGACUGUGUGGUCUGUGACAAUCAGAUCCGGUACUGCAACGUGGUGGACAACAAGUCAACAGGCCGCCCGUUCUUCUUGGAAGAUACAUGCCAGGCCCCCUCCUCCCUCUCUCCUCAGGUGCAGGCGCAACUGUGCGCACUUGCUGCGCGGAUCCUCGAAGAGAUGGCCAGAGCGUGGCAGUGCAGGAUCACUGGGACUUUCCAUGUAGAGAUGAUUCUCUCGGAGCACGGCCCUGUGCCCAUUGAGGUCAACUGCAGGCUAGGAGGUGCAGAAACUCGUUGUUUGCAUCUUGCAGCAUGGGGGGUGGAUCUUGGCGUGGAAACAGUCCUUGCACACAUGAGCCUUCCAUCACCUCGACUGCAGCCGUUUGCCAAGUUCUGUGGCAGCUUGCGGAGGAACUCCGGGCCCCUCCUCGAGGCUCUCGUUCCUAAUCACCGGUUUGCCUGCUCUGCCAACUUACAUCCGAGCGGCUCCGGCAUUGUGAACAAGAUUGAUCUUCCGCUCAACAAGUUCGGUUAUGUGGACCACAUGGUCUACUUUCAGGUCGGAGAGCCCAUCCUUGUCCCUCCCAAGGGCUUCCAGUACCUCGGAUGGGUGGUGGUGCAAGCGAAGAGCGAAGGUGAGGCUCGUGAAAACUUGCAGAAAUUCGUCGGCAGCGCGGUGAUGGAAGUGCGGGGGGGUUGCACGCCUGCUCAAGAAGACAGCUGA